CGGAAAUGACGCCUGUUUGACAACAGGAACAACCAAACUUUAGCCUGUUAGCAUAACAACCCGAUUCGUUAGAAAUAAAAAAGAAAUCUCCGACGCACCUUAUUAAGAUCUUUAUCCUUAGAUUCUGUUAUGGAACUUUAGGCAGUGUGUAUAAAGAGUGUUGAGGAAUGGUCUGAUUGCAGCAACAAACAUGCACAGCCGUUUGCAGGAGCUGAAGAAGGAAGAGGAGACUCUCCUCAAAAUCAAAGUCAUGCUACAAGACCAGCUGAACCGCUUGAAGUUUGAAGAAGGGGCCUUGAAGUCUAUCAUCAGCGCUCAAACAGAAGGAGCUUCACAUGACCCCUCGCCAGAAAAUGAGGUUCAGAUUAAUCUUGACGAUGAGACCGAAAUCAAUCGCACCAAACUCUUGCUGAAUAGUGCUGAGGAUUAUGACAUGGAGGAAGAAGACGAAGAUGAUGACGACGAGGAGAAUGAAUAUGAUGAAGAGGAUGAUGACAAUGAGUUUGAAUUUGUGCCUGAAGCAGAUGAGGAGGAUGAUGAUUACUAAGAAUUAUGGGUUGUGUGUGUAUCUGGCCACUUAACGAGAACACCUUUUAGUUGUAUUAUUAGUUGGUAGCUUUAAUUUAUUCAGAUGGAGUAACCGUUACAUUGUAAUAGUCAGUGGUGCUAGCAGUGCCCAUUUCUAGCCUAAUUUAGAGCAUAUUGUCUACAUUUCUCCCUAUAAUUUAACUUAAAGUUUGUGAGGAAUGUGUCACUGACAUGCUAUAAGACAGUAUCAUUAGGUGCUUACUGAGUAGCUUUCUAGGCAUUUUUCUUUUUUUUUUUUUUGGUGACGUAUUCACUUGAAAAUCCAAAAUCCUGGUUGUUAUGCGUGUCAUGAAAUGUUAUGGCUGGGCCAUAAAAGAGAAUAAAAUGUACGUGUUGUUUUAAAAGAAAUGAGAAUUUUAAGCACAAAAAUAAAUGUUUUGCUUUGUU